GAUUAAUCUGAACUAAAAGAUUAUUUCUUUGAUUAUAACUUUGUGUUAUUGUACUAAUUGUUUGCUAAUUUGACAUUUUUUUUUAUUUUAUUUUAUUCAGAGUUUCACUGUUUGAUUGCAAAUUAAUUUUCUUGUCGUUCAAUUUGUUUGAGCCUUGAAUUAUUGAUUUAUUUUCGUGGUAUUGGAUGCUAGAAAUGCGGUUGUUUAUGUAUCUACUUAGUUUCCGAGGUCGAAAAUAUUCUGUGGGUAAUCUCUAUCAAUAUGUAUACUAUGAUAUUUAAUUUUUUGAAACUUGGAUCAGUUGCAUUAUUUCAUCUCAUGUAUAAGUAGUUUUCUAGGUCUCAAUUUCAUAAACUUGAAUUAGAAGAAAUUAAGGGGGAAUGGAGAAAUAUAACGAGUAGUUUUGAGAAUUUAGUUGCAAUUGCAUAUAUUUCAUUAAUUUGUAAUUCCUACUCAAUACUCAUAUAAAUCAAAGGUUUAAUAGGCUUCCUGCAUGAUUAAUUCUUCUCGCGUGUCGCGCGUUGUAUACUGAUCAUAAUUCAUGAUAGCAUAGAAAGAUGGUGAUAUGUGUUGUUUUGGUACAGAACAUGUGCACAAGAAGAAUAUAGAGGCAUUAAGCUUAUAUAUAAAAAGUCCCUCAAAAAUUAGUCCAUCAUGGUUUCAUACACUGACUUAGAACAAGAUAUAGCUGGAGAUGUCAAUCAGCAGCAAUUGCACAAUUCAUCAGAAGCCGGCAAAAUCAAUGAAUUAGGCAUGAUGGCUAAGGAUCAAGAUCUUCCUGCACCAGCAACAACAGGCACUCAGCAAAAAGAAACCAAGGAUCAAAAUCUUCCUGCACCAGCAACAACAGGCACUCAGCAAAAAGAAAGGAAAAGAUAUAAUCCUAAAAUUCGAGUUCAGUCGAUGGGACUUUCACCCAUGAUUGUACCUUUGUCUGCAAGGGAAGGUCAAAAUGAGGUUGCUGCAAGAUUUGAGACCCAUGUAAAGGAAUUAAUAGAAAAUCUGAAAAGUACUGCACUUGAGACAGUAAGGGAAGCCACCUCUGAGCUCCGGAUUUUAGCCAAGGACUUGGACAACCAAAUAUUGAUAGCGAGUUGUGGGGCUAUCAGCCCUUUGGUUGACCUCCUUCGUAGUUCAGACAUGAUAACUCAAGAAAACGCGGUAACAGCUGUUCUGAACUUGUCUAUCAGUAACAACAAUAAGGUCAACAUUGUAAAAGCUGAGGCGAUUGAGCCUUUGAUCCAUGUCCUUCAGACAGGGACCGAUGAGGCUCGAGAAAAUGCAGCUGCAACUCUUUAUAGUUUAUCUGUAUUUGAAGAGAAUAAGAUUAGGAUAGGGAAUUCAGGAGCUAUUGGUGCUUUGGUAGAUUUGUUAGGGAAUGGAACACCCCGUGGUAGGAAGGACGCGGCCACUGCUUUGUUCUACUUGUCUACAUGUACUGAUAAUCGGCUUACAAUAGUGAGAUCAGGUGCUGUAAAACAUCUGAUAGACUUGAUGGAUCCUGCAACUGGGAUGGUCGACAGGGUAGUGGUUGUGUUAGCAAAUCUUGCCUCGGGUCCUGAAGGGAGAAAGGCUAUAGCCGAAGCAGGGGGGAUAUCUCUUCUUGUUGAGGCGGUUGAGUUAGGUUCACCCAGGGGAAAAGAGAAUGCUGCUGCAGCACUUGUGCAUUUUUGUGCAGACAGUAAUAGAUACUGCAGAAGGGUGUUAGAAGAAGGAGCUGUGCCACCUUUAGUAAUCUUGUCCAUGUCCGGAACCUCAAGGGCCAAAGAAAAGGCUAACAGGAUUCUGCAGCAUUUGAGAAACCUACAAGCAGCUUAUAAUGACAUAGCAGGCGGAUCGUAUACCUGAAAUUUUGUUAUGUCAUAUGUGGUAACUUUAUUUUAUAAUCAGUUGAGAAAUACAUGGUAUAAAAUUAGUUGUUCUGAAUUGUUUGAUCUUCUGUGAAUAUUGUGUAAAAGAAAAAGUAUACAAAGUAUUUGCCUUGAUAGUUAGGCAACUAACAGGAUGUAAAUUGUUCUGUUAGGUCAAGUUGGACAAGUAAGAGCAUCUUUGACAUUUCACCUCCUGUUAUCUGCUCAACUGUUGUAGACAAUUAGCCUUGCUCCUGUAAACCUGAGCUUCUGAUUAGAGGAUGAUACGAAGUACUCCGUAUUAUUUUGAAAUUACAUUACCAACAGUACUACAAGAAAUACGUAAUUGUGCAAAUGGUAGUAAAAAUGAUGUUCGUGUG